AUGGCGUCUACCGAAGCCGAAACAUCGUCUGUGCAAGUCACCAAAUCUGAUGACGGCAUCACUAUCAUUGCCAUCAACAGACAACGCCGCAGAAAUGCGGUUGACGGUCCCACUGCGCGAAAGCUGCACGCGGCCUUUCUAGCCUUCGAGGACGACGACAGCCAGAAAGUCUGCGUCUUUCACGGCGACCACGGCUUCUUUUGUGCGGGCUUCGACCUACACGAAGUGGCCAAGUGGAGCGGCCCGGGAGACAACGAGUACCUUGGCCCAAUUGUUGAUGCCUCUCACACCGUGACGGGCGGCCGUCAGAUCGGCCCCAUCGGCCCCUCAAGGCUCCAGAUCAACAAGCCCGUUAUCUGUGCCGUUGCGGGUUAUGCCGUUGCGGGAGGCAUGGAGCUCUCUCUGAUUGGCGACAUCCGCGUCGUUGAAGAAGACGCCAUCUUUGGUGUCUUUUGCCGGCGCUUUGGCGUACCGCUCAUUGAUGGCGGAACGGUCCGACUGCAGGCAAUUGUUGGUCUUGGUCGAGCCCUGGAUCUGAUCCUUACCGGCAGACCAGUAGGAGCCCAGGAAGCUCUUCAGAUGGGCCUCGCAAACCGCGUUGUCCCCAAGGGCCAGUCUCUUGAAGAGGCCAAAAAGAUUGCGAAGCAGCUACUGGCAUUCCCUCAGCUUUGUAUGAACGUGGAUCGGGCAAACUGCUACUACUCGGCUUACAACGCGACAUCUUUCGAGGAUGCACUGAGAAAUGAGUUUGUCAAUGGGGCUCCAGUAGUCACCACAGAGAGUGUCAAGGGAGCAGCUCAGUUUAGUGCCGGGGCUGGAAGACAUGGUGUUUUCAAAAACGCGGAUAACUCGAACCUUUAG